AUGGAGGUUUUUACUGAUCCAACUUUGAUUAAGACUAAGUUUGUUGAUUACUUUAAGUCUGCUUAUGCAAACUCUCAGCCUGCAUCUCAAAUUCCUCAAGCUAAGUAUAUCAGGAAAAGAUUUGUGACAAAUGAAGUUGAAAGAUUAGAGAAGGUUGUGUUAAGGGAGGAAAUCAGAAGCACAGUUUUUGCUAUGGGUCCGGAUAGAGCUCCUGGUCCAGAUGGAUUUUCCACUAGGUUCUUUCAACAGUUUUGGGGUAUUGUUGGAGAGGAAUUCACUAAUGCAAUUCUUCAAUUCUUUGAUCAUCCAGAACUGGGAAGAGAGAAUUUCUCAGGUAUUAUGGAAGUUGAGGUUCAAAGUGGUAGAGUUAUUCCAACUGAAGCUGCAGUCAAAUCUGGUAUACCUAUUACGCAUCAGUUUUUUGCUGAUGAUUUGUUGAUAGUUGUUAGAGCUAAUAUGGCCGCAGUUCUCUCAUUGAAAAAAACUCUGGUUGAGUUUGAAAAAGCUUCAGGUUUAGCAGUAAGUAAGGAGAAAUCCAAGGUCUUCAUUACUAAUUCAGUUAGGAGGAAAACUGGUAUCAUUAGAUCUCUUGGCUGCAAGGUGGGUAAACUUCCUUUUACUUACCUUGGUCUUCCUAUAUCAGAUAAAAUGGUUAGAAGCAGGGAUUGCAACAGGCUAGUAGAGAAGGUUAUUUCUCUUACAACUAGAUGGAAUGGUCUUCAUCUUUCUAUGGCUGGUAGAGUGGAAUUGAGCAGGGCUGUAAUUAUUCCUUUGGUACACUAUUGGACUUCUGUUUUUUCCUUUCCUGCUGUGAUUAUCAAUAUCAUUGAAAGGAAAAUGAGCAACUAUAUUUGGGAGCAUGUUGAAGACAGGAAAAAGAUACAUGGUUUGCGCUGGAAUAAACUUGGUGUUCCUAAAGAGGAAGGGGGUUUGGGUCUGAGAAGAUUGAGGGACAUUGACAAGGCUGCUAAGUGUAGUCUUACUUGGGAUUUUUUGUUAUCCAAAGAUAGAUUGUGGGUGGCUUGGUUUAAGGAAAAUUACUUGAGACAUUCUUCCUUUUGGAAUGUAAUUCCUAAGGAAUCAUUCUCUUCAAUCUGGAAAAACAUUGUGGCUGUUAGAGACAUUAUAAAAGAAAAUUGUAGAUAUAGAAUUGGUAAUGGACAGCAGAUUCAAGUGUUUUUGGAUCCAUGGUGUGAAGGAAGCUGUGACUUUACUUGGAAGGUUUGGAAUGGUAUUUCUGCCAUAGUUGGAUGGAAUUUACAAAGGGUCUUGGAUUUGUAG